ACCAAACACGCAGGCUAAAGUCCACUGACAGCAGCGGGGAAGCAUACACAACCGUCGUCAGAGCUGACUCUUUUAGUUUCAAAAAGUUUCCUCAGUAAUGGAGAUUUCAGUGUAUACGGUAGAUGCCUUCACCAAUCUAGCCUUCAAGGGAAACCCUGCAGCUGUUUGUCCACUUUUGCACGAGCUGAGUGAUGACCUGUAUCAGAGGAUUGCAGCAGAGAUGAACCUGGCAGAAACAGCCUUCAUUACCAGGAUAGAUCCCUCUGACAGUUUCACUACAGGUUCAAGGUUCCGGCUUCGCUGGUUUACACCCACCAAUGAAGUCAAUCUGUGUGGUCAUGCAACUCUGGCCUCUGCAGCAGUGCUGUUCCAGCAUAAGAAAAAUGAGAAUCCUAAGCUGGUGUUUGAGACCAGGAGUGGAGAACUGUGCGUCAUCCAGCAGGGAGAGCGGUACAUCAUGAACUUUCCUCUAAAUCCACCUACUCAGGAGGAUCCCAAUGAGUUCAGAGAUGUCAUUGAGGCUGCAGUUGGAAACCAUCCAGUCCAGGAUGUUUAUCUGAGCUCUAACACAAAGAAACUGAUGGUUCGACUGGCUGACAGUUGUGACAGGUCCGUGCUAACCCAUCUGAAAGUUGACCCGGUUGCCCUUCAGAGCAGUGAGAGGACCGGACGAGUCAAAGGAGUGAUCCUCACUAUGAAAGGAUCCCCAGACUGCAAGCCAGGAUACGACUUCUACUCCAGAUAUUUUGCUCCAUGGAACGGCAUCGCAGAGGAUCCUGUCACAGGUUCUGCCCACACUGUGCUAGGAAGCUACUGGUCUGAGAAACUAGGAAAGAAGAAACUACUGGCUUACCAGUGCUCUGAACGAGGCGGGGAGCUGGAACUAGAAGUGAGAGAUGACGGACGAAUCAACAUAGCCGGACAAGCCGUCUUUAUGCUAGAGGGAACGCUCACAUUGUAGACACUCAUACACACAGAGAAGACAGGCUGGGGAUGAUGGGACAGGUAUAAUGUACCUGGUUUGAAGAAAGAUGAGAUGGAUUCAAUAAAAGAUGAAAAAACUUCGUCUGGACUAUUAAACUUAAACGUCAUUCUUAUGAGAACAUGUUACAGGAUGGAAUAAAGAUGUUAAACUUUA